AUGUCUCAAAAGACGGUGCUCAUCACGGGCUGCAGCAGCGGCAUAGGCCAAGCCCUCGCCCUCGAGUUUGCGGCGCACAACUAUCGUGUCCUCGCCACGGCCCGCGACGCCUCUUCUCUCGUCGCCCUCAAAGACUCCAAGCACGGCGGCUGCAUUGAAACCCUUUCCCUCGAGGUGCACAAACCCGAGAGCAUUGCCGCCCUCAAAUCCCAAGUUGAGGCCCUCACAGCCGGCCGCGGCCUCGACAUCCUCGUCAACAACGCAGGGCGCAACUACACGGUGCCCGCGCUCGAUAUCGACCAUGACGAGGUGCACCAACUCUUCGAAGUCAACGUCUUCGCCGUGAUGCGCAUGUGCCAAGCCUUCGCCCCGUUACUCAUCACCGCCAAAGGCAGGAUCGUGCAGAUCGGCUCCGUGGCGGGCGUCAUCCCGUACGUCUUCGGCAGUGUCUACAACGCGUCCAAAGCGGCGCUGCACCAGUACAGCAAUACCCUGCGGGUGGAGCUCAAGCCGUUCGGCGUGGACGUGAUUACGGUCGUCACGGGCGGGGUGCAGAGUAAUAUCGCCCGAAUCAAGAGGGAGUUGCCUAAGGGGUCGGUGUACGCGCCUAUUGCGGAGGAGUAUAGGGAGCGUGUGAUGCAUAGUCAGGCCGACGGGUCGAUGGCGAGUGAGGUGUAUGCGAAGUCCGUGGUCAAGGCGAUUACGGGGAGCAGGGCGCCGCUGUACUAUUGGGAAGGGUAUAAGGCUAGGACGAUUUGGUGGAUUACUACGUUUUUGCCGGCUUGGACUAUGGAUUGGGUAUUUACGACGAUGUUCAAGUUGUGGAAGUUGGUGCCGGGGAAGGCGAAGGAGGCGUGA